GUGAAAUAAGGAGCUACUCAGACUUUAGGAUAUUACCAUUUUCGGUCGUAAAGCAAAGAAAUGCAAGCACUCAGGUCUCUGUUUAUCCCCAAGUGGUCCUCGGACGUGCGUCUGGACGGGAAGACAGCUGUAGUAACGGGGGCCAACGUUGGAAUAGGCAAAGAGACGGCUAAAGAUCUGGCCGGCAGAGGUGUGCGGGUGAUUUUGGCGUGCAGAGACAUGGCGAAGGGAGAGCAGGCUGCCCGUGACAUCAUGAGGGAGGUGCGGGGGGCCAAGGUAGUCGCCAGGCAACUGGAUCUGGCUGACACCAAAUCGAUCUGCCACUUCGCUGAGAAUAUCUACAACACUGAGAAGGCUCUCCACUACCUGGUCAACAACGCAGGCGUGGCCAUGUGCCCGUAUGGAACAACGGCGGACGGGUACGAGAUGCAGUUUGGAGUCAAUCACCUGGGUCAUUUCUUCCUGACCUUUCUGUUGCUGGACCUGCUGAAGCACUCGGCCCCAUCCCGGGUCGUCAACUUGUCAUCGGCGGCUCACGCCCUGGGUAAGAUCCAGUUCGAUGACCUAAGCAGUGAGAAGGGCUACCAUCCCGUCCGGGCCUACGCGCAAAGCAAGCUGGCCAACAUCCUGUUUACCAGAGAGCUGGCCAAAAGGACUGAGGUUUUAGGUGUGAUGGCCUACUCUGUGGACCCCGGCAUUGUGAACACUGAGAUCACGAGGCACCUGAUGCGUCCCAUCGGGGAGCUCGUCAAGAACUUCGGUUUUCUGGUCAAGAGCCCAGCAGAGGGAGCCUACACCAGCAUCUACUGCAUCGUCACUCCUGAGAACCAGAUGCUCACCGGGGGAUACUACAAGGAUUGUGCCAUUGCAGAGAGCUCCAGGGCAGGUCAGGACGACGGCACCGCCUUAAAGCUGUGGGCCGUGAGCUGCCGCCUGCUCGGCAUCCGCUGGAGAUAAACGCACACACCUCAACAGGCUCGUGCUGCAUGUGAAGCCAUAUGCACGAGCACCACAUAUACUAUGCAGAUGCUGUGUUCAGUGACUGCUUACACUGUGACGUAUGUGAUGGAUGGAAGAUUGUGUGAGCAGGUGAAUAGGAGAAGAAUGCAGUCUACUUAUUGAAGCAUUUGACCGAAAGUUUCAUGAAAUCUGAAAGGUUGGAGAAAGAAAUUGUAAUAGACAUCUAAUAAAAUGAUCAUGGAUCUU